AGACCAGAACUACUGCUUCCAAAAAAAAAAGACCAGAACUACUAAAACUCCAAUAACUUGAAGCACCCAGAUUGCAAGAUUAUAUAUAUGGCUAACCAAGCUCCCACACUUCCUCUUCUUACUCCUUACAGGUCGGGAAAGUUUGAUCUUUCUCACAGAGUUGUUUUAGCACCAUUGACUAGAUCGAGAUCAUACGGAAAUGUUCCCCAGCCGCAUGCCAUCUUAUAUUACUCUCAGAGAGCAUCCAAAGGGGGUCUUCUCAUAAGUGAAGCCACUGGAGUUUCAGACACAGCACAAGGGUAUACAGAUACUCCUGGUAUAUGGACCAAGGAGCAAGUUGAAGCAUGGAAACCCAUUGUCAAUGCUGUACAUGCCAAAGGGGGUUUCUUCAUCUGUCAAAUUGUGCACGUCGGGAGGGUUUCAAAUAGUGGCUUUCAGCCAAAUGGGCAAUCUCCAAUCUCUUCUACUGACAAGCCCCUACAACCACAAAUAGGAUCUAGUGGAAUUGACGUUGAGGAAUUCACACCUCCAAGACGAUUAAGGGCAGAUGAAAUUCCUCAAAUCGUCAAUGAUUUUAGACUUGCUGCAAGGAAUGCGAUGGAAGCUGGCUUUGAUGGAGUUGAAAUUCAUGGCGCCCAUGGCUACCUAAUCGAUCAGUUUUUAAAAGAUCAAGUAAAUGAUCGAACAGACCAAUACGGUGGAUCUCUAGAAAACCGUUGCCGAUUUGCACUAGACAUUGUUGAAGCUCUUGUCAACGAGAUAGGAGCAGCCAAAGUUGGAAUCAGAUUAUCUCCAUUUGCCGACUAUAUGGAAUCCGGAGAUUCUAAUCCAAAGGAGUUGGGACUUUAUCUAGCCAAUGCCUUAAACAUGUAUGGGAUCCUGUACUGCCACAUGAUUGAGCCAAGAAUGAAGACGGUUGGAGAAAAAUGUGAAUGUCCCCACAGUCUCGUACCCAUGAGAAAGGCUUUCAAUGGUACCUUCAUUGCUGCUGGUGGUUUUGACAUGGAAGAUGGGAAUAAUGCUGUAGCUGAGGACCGUGCAGAUCUUAUUGCUUUUGGUCGUUGGUUCUUGGCUAAUCCGGAUUUGCCAAAGAGAUUUGAGCUUAAUGCUCCUCUAAAUAAGUACAUCAGAGAUACUUUCUACACAUCUGAUCCGGUUCUUGGUUACACUGAUUAUCCAUUUCUUGACAGCACCACUCGCGUUUCGAGCUGA